AUUUGGUGCCUGGGGAACGAGAGCAGGUACCACGUGAACCGUACCGUGGACGGGUCCACCUUCUCGGUGCAGCUGCCCAGCCUGUCCCCCGGGAUCCGCUAUAGUGUGGAGGUGGCCGCCAGCACAGGGGCUGGGCCGGGAGUCAGGAGCGAGGUCACCGUCUUCCAGCUGGACUCCUCUGGCCGCAUCAAGACCCCAGACCAACCCCUGUCCCAGCAGAUCUCGGACGUGGUGAAGCAGCCGGCCUUCAUCGCCGGCAUCGGUGCCGCCUGCUGGAUAAUCCUCAUGGUCUUCAGCAUCUGGCUCUAUCGACACCGCAAGAAGCGGAGCGGGCUGAGCAGCAGCUACGCAGGCAUCCGCAAGGUUCCAUCGUUCACCUUCACCCCGACAGUGUCCUACCAGAGAGGCGGAGAGGCAAUCAGCAGCGCCGGGAGGCCCGGCCUGCUGAACAUCGCGGAGCCAACCACCCAACCCUGGCUGGCCGACACCUGGCCCAACUCGUGCUCCAACCCCAAUGACUGCUCCAUCAACUGCUGCACAGCGGGAAACGGCAACAGCGACAGCAACCUGGCGACCUACAGCCGCCCAGCUGAUUGCAUCGCCAACUAUAACAACCAGCUGGAAAACAAGCAGACUAACCUGAUGGUGCCCGAGUCGGGGGUGUACAGCGACGUAGACCUCCCCAGCAAGGUCAACGAGAUGAAGACCUUCAAUAGCCCCAACCUGAAGGAUGGCCGCUUCACCGGCCCGGGGGGGCAGCCCACCCCGUACGCCACUACCCAGCUCAUACAGUCAAGCAUCACCAGCAGCGGCAACGUCAACAGCAGUGGUGGAGGGGGUAGUGACCUCAACGAGAAGCACUGCUGGAAGCCGCCACCUGGGCCGCAGCAGAAGCAGCAGGAUGUGACCUCACAGCUGCAGUACAGCAUCAUGGAGCAGAACAAGCUUAACAAGGAGCACUACAGAGGGGGGGAACUGCCGGCCACCAUCCCCUACAGCCAGGCACACGAGGGCCACGCUGCAGGCGCUUACAGCAGCUCUGAGCGGGGCAGCAGCAGCACCUCUGGAAGCCAGGGUCAGAAGAAAGGCGUCCGCACCCCCAAGCUGCCUAAACAGGCCAACAUGAACUGGGCCGACCUGCUGCCCCCUCCCCCCGCCAGCCCCCCGCCCUGCCGCAGCGUGGAGGAGUACUCCCUGCCAAUGGGUGACAGCUACGACGCAGACGUGCAGUGCCCGCCCCCCCCCUCGCGGAUGUACCUGCAACCCGGAGAGCUGGAAGAGGAGGAGGAGGAGGCGGAGAGGGGCCCUACCCCUCCUGUGCGCGGGGCGGCCUCCUCUCCCGCAGGCGUGUCCUACAGCCACCAGUCGACAGCCACGCUGACGCCGUCGCCGCAGGAGGAGCUGCAGCCCAUGCUGCAGGACAGCCCCGAGGCCCUGGGCCCCCCACAGCAGGACCGCAGGCACCAUACUGUGAGCCCACCUCCCCCCCCACGGCCUCUGUCCCCCCCACACACCUACGGCUACAUCUCCAGCCCCCUGGCGCUGGACACGGAUGGCAUGGAGGAGGAGGAGGAGGAGGAAGGGGACGAGACAGACGCGGAGCUGGCCCAGGCGCACCUGCACUCGCGGCAGCACCCCCCACUGCAGCCGCGCCGCCUGCUGCCCCGCGGCCUGGAGCAGACUCCGGCCUCCAGUGUAGGUGACCUGGAGAGCUCCGUCACCGGCUCCAUGAUCAAUGGCUGGGGCUCCGCCUCCGAGGAGGACAACGCCUCGUCCGGCCGCUCCAGCGCCGUCAGCUCCUCCGACGGCUCCUUCUUCACCGACGCCGACUUCGCCCAGGCCGUGGCCGCUGCCGCCGAGUACGCCGGGCUCCGCGUGGCCAAGUACCCCCCCUCUGAGGGGCCGGGCGGCCGCAAGUAUCCCAUGGCCCCUCCGGGCCACCGUCCCGGCAGCCCCGUGUCCACCGACAGCAACAUGAGCACUGCUGUCAUGCAGAAGCGACCGCCCAAGAAGCAAAAGCAGCACGCGGCCGCCCACCUGCUGCACCAGCACCAGCGCCAGCGCGAGCACUUCCAGGAAGAACUGCCCCCCCCACCAAUCCCACCGCCGGCGUCACUCAAGUCACCCACUCACCCCUCCAAGUCAGCUCUGGAGGGCUGGGCAGAAUCCCGCGACGUGGAGGGCAGGAGAGCGCCCCCUGGGGGAUACCCCCGGACCAGCUCCGCCGAGCGCACUGAGGUGCAGGAGCGCCUCAAGGCCUCACGUGGAAGCAAGGGUGGCAGACAGGAGGGGCCCCCCAGCAUCAAGGGCCGGCAGCAAGGAGGGACAGAGGACAUCCCCCCCUAUAGCCGGCCCUCCUUCCCUGGCAUGCACAGCCCACGGGAUCGUGAGCCCAGCUCCUCCAGCUCCACGUCCUCCCGGGGCUCAGGGGGGCGGCGUAGGGGAGAGGCGGCCCCAGGAGGGCGAUGGAACCCCACUGAUGGGGGGCACAGCACCAUGGGGGCCUUUCAGGCUGCAGAUGGAGACCUAGAGCUGGUGGAGAGCUGAAGCCCACGCAGGGAAUCCCGAAAGGCCAUUUCAGGGUGGGCGCGUGUCCCCUCCCUGGGUUUUAAACGUCACAGCAUCCAACCGGCAUCCUUUUCUGACAAUUUUGUCAAUCAUGUUUCUUCACAUCUGCAAAACUGACCAAUAUUUUUUAUUAUUAUUUUUUUUUAUUAUUUUAUUUUUCGGUAUCCAUUUAAAAGAAGUGAUGCAAGAGAGGGAAAGGGAAAAACAUUAUGAAUUUCGAACAAAUUACUUGGUGGUAUUUUAGGCUAAAUGUCAAUGCAAUACGGAGUGAGAGUUUUCUCAUGCUGUUAGUUUGCCCUGUUGAAAUUUUACGAACAGAAUCACAAGAGCCCUUACAGUCAAUUGUUACUGUAAUAAAAUUAGCUACAAGCAGGUGGGUGGGCUAUCUUGUAAAUAUAUAUAAAUAUAUACAUUUUUUCCAUAAUAACCUGUUGUGGUACUUAAAAUUUGUCUUCCUUGUUUGAUAUUUUCAAUAAUAAUUUUAUUAUACUGUUAAUUAUAAUUAUUUUGUUGUUUUCAUCAUGUUGUAAAUUGUUAAAUCAUUUAACCACCCCAAGAAAGUACCACAUAGGGAUUUAUUUUGUGUAAUGCACUGUUAUACUUUUUGUUGUCGUCAAUGUUUGUUAUUUUGUUUGUAUUUUGGUUUUAAAAGCACAAUCACUAAAAUUUAUUUUAAACCAUUUUAUCUAUUAACCUUUUUGUCUUACUGGAGGACUACAUGACAAGAGAGCCUCAUCGGUCAGGAUGAUGUAGGUAACGAUGUGAAGUGUUGAGGAGUGUUUCUCUGGUGGCAAUAGAGGGCGCCGUAAGGGCGGGCUGGGGGAGUUAGAAUGAUUCCAAGGGCCCAUGAGUGACAGGGGCCCUAAAAAAUGUAUAACAUAAUUGGAUUGGUCGGGGUAGGGGGUCCAAUAUGAUAUAGGGCCCAAACUGUGUAGUAGCACGUCUGGGCAUUUGUGAGGGAGUUAGGGCAAACUGCUGAGAAUCUAGGGCUUCACAAGGUUUAGAUUCCCAGCCCAGCUCCAGUGGUGAAUCCAAGGGAAAUAAUCCUUAUUUUAUGGGGAAAAUAAGAGCAGUUUGUGGAAGGUUUGGAAGCUAAUUCAGGUACAGUAGUGACUUUGUCUACCUAUGCACUUAAAAGAAGGUGACAAACGGAAGAUCGGUGGUGCUUUGUGAACUGCUGCUUAACCAGGACUGAUGUUUUGGGGUGGGGGUGGGGGGGUUGUUACCAGUGCUGAGGAAAUGUCCAAUUUGUCAAAUGGGGGACUUUGUUCAAAGGACCUCUGCAGACCCUUUAGAAAAUUGAGUUGAAUUGUAACUCUGUCCUGAGGACACUGGUGUCUCUGGGACUGUGCUGAGACGGACUAUCCACUGACCUGCCCUUUUCGCCUCAAGAAAAUCCACCUGUGAUUCUCGACGGAAGAAAGUAAAACUAGUGGUUUUAACGCUCAAGGUGCUGUUCUUGGUUCAGGUGACUCUGCUCCGGGAAAGUCCAAACUCAAGUGCCAUCCAUUUAAGCCAACUUUGUGUUUUGUUUUCGUGCCUCAGUUGAGUUGAAGCAGAGUGAGUUGGCUGUACUUUUUGAGGGAAAUUAGUGUUGUUCUUAAUUUUGAUUUUUUUCUAUAGUAAAAAAAGGCUACUUCUUUAUCAUUAGCCAUGCAUUUACAUACAGAGGAUCACGUAAUCUGAAAAUGUGUCAUUUUUUCCACAUUAUUUAUUAAAAAUGUCCUUAAAUGCCAAAA